UGCGCCGACAAGCCCUUCUGCCAUUGAAAAGUGCUAGUAACGCUACUGCCAUUUGGCGCAGUUAAAUAUAGCUAGUAGCUACAUCAAUUUGCAUAGCGUGGCGUCCUUACAGAAUUUCCCAUAUUUGUCAUUUUAAAUCGUGUUUCAGUUUAGUAUUUUUAUACAGAUAUAAAAAUGAGUUCAAUUAACGUAAAAAAACUGAAAGUUAACGAGUUGAAGGACGAGCUGAAAAAGCGUCAGCUGUCGGACAAGGGUCUGAAGGCCGAGUUGAUGGACCGGCUGCAGGCCGCGCUUGAUGAAGAGGCCCUGGCUGGAGAUGAUCCCAUUGGGCUGGAGGCCGCGGAGGGAGGCAGCUCUGAGGCCGCUGAUGAUCAAGAGGACAUGGGGGAAGACGAAGAAGACGACGAGGAUCCGGUCGAAGAAAGCAUGGAGGCCAACGAGGAGGAGGAGAAUGGAAACGGAGAGGGAGACGCCGCUGUAGAAUGCGAGGAGAACGCGGCUCAGGAGGACGACGAAAUGGGCGAGGUGGAAGAUGAAGAAAUGGAUCCAAUGCUGAAGGAAGGUGUAGACGACAUGGAGAAAAUAACGUUAGACGCAGAGGAUGGUGAGCCUGGAGACCAGCCAGCAGAGGGGGAUGCGGACAAAGACACGAAUGCUGAUCAGAAGAAUAAGAAGGGUGUUAAGAGACGCCGGGAGGAACAUGGAAGGGGCUACUUUGAAUUUAUUGAAGAGAACAAAUACAGCUGGUCUAGUCUCAAGUCUCCACUGCCACCCCUGGAAGAGGAAGAUGAAGAGUUUGACGAUACAACAGUCUGUCUGGACAACUAUAACUGCGACCUGCACUUCAAGGUGUCCCGGGACCGGUACAGCGCGUCCUCUCUCACCAUGGAGAGCUUUGCCUACCUUUGGUCUGGGGGCAGGGCCUCGUACGGCCUGACCCAGGGCAAGGCCUGUUACGAGAUGAAGUUAACUGAGAAGAUUCCAGUGAAGCACAUCUUCAGUAAGAACAUGGAGGUCCAUGAGGUCCAGGUUGGAUGGUCCCUGGCUACUGGCAGUCUGCUCCUCGGUGAGGAGGAGCAUUCUUAUGCCUACUCUGGCAAAGGCAAGAAGACUACCAACUGCGUGACUGAAGAUUUUGGAGAGACUUACGAUGAGAAUGACGUUAUCUGCUGCUUCAUCAACUUUGAGGGCGAGGAGGUGGAGAUUUCCUUUUCUAAGAAUGGUAAGGAGCCAGUUGUGGCCUUCCAGGUCAGUAAGGAGUCCCUGGCAGGGAGAGCUCUCUUCCCCCACGUCAUCUGCCACAACUGUUCCGUGGAGUUCAACUUUGGCCAAAUGGAAACGCCCUACUUCCCCCAGCCAGAGGGCUACACCUUCCUGCAGCAGGUCGCCAUGGACGACCGUGUCCGCGGACCCAAGGGACCCAACACCAAGAAGGAGUGUGAGGUGAUUGCUAUGGUAGGACUGCCCGGCUCAGGAAAGACCACCUGGGUGAACAAGCACAUCCAGGAGAACCCUGGGAAAUAUUACAUCCUGGGCAGCGACACCAUUGUGGAGAAGAUGAUGAUUGGCAGCUUGAAGCGUCAGGCGAAGGACACAACUAAGCUCACGGCCAUUUCCCAGCGUGCUCCUCUCUUCCUGGGCAAGUUCAUUGAGAUCGCUGCUCGGAAGAAGAGGAACUAUAUCCUGGACCACACCAACCUGUCUGCCCCGGGCCAGAAGAGGAAGAUGUGUCUGUUUGCUGGGUACCAGCGGAAGGCUGUGGUGGUCUGCCCCUCAGACGACGACUACAAGGAGAGGGCCCAGAAGAAGGCAGAGAGCGACGGCAAAGACGUGCCCGAGCAUGCUCUCCUCAAAAUGAAAGGAUUCUUCACCCUGCCAGAGGAGGGCGACAGCUUCGCUGAGGUGAGCUACGCUGAGCUGCAGAAGGAGGAGUCCUCCAAGCUAGUGGAGCAAUACAAGGAGGAGAGCAAGGCGGCCCUGCCGGCUGAGAAGAAGCCCAACCAGGGGGCCUUGACCCCCAAUAGAGGUGUUGUCCGGGGCGGAGGCAGAGGCAAGAACCAGUUCAACCGCGGAGGAGGACCCGGCCAGAGAGGAGUUGUACGAGGAGGCUUCCAACAGAGGGGCAACUUCAGAGGAGCUCCAGGUCCACGUGGUGGGUUCACUCGCCCCCCUCGAGGCUUCAUGCCCCCUCCAGCCUUCAGAGGUGGAUUUGCCAACCGGGGCAACUUCAACAGGGGCGGCGGCCUCAUGGCCCCCCAGCGAGGGGCCCCAAGAGGAGGACCAAUUAGGGGCAACAUGGGCUACAGGGGUGGAGCCAUGAACAGAGGCGGUCCACCAAUGAACAGAGGUGGAGCCAACAUGAGCCGGGGAGGUGGAGCCAACAUGAGCCGGGGAGGUGGAGCCAACAUGAGCCGGGGAGGUGGAGCCAACAUGAGCCGGGGAGGUGGAGCCAACAUGAGCCGGGGAGGUGGAGCCAACAUGAGCCGGGGAGGUGGAGCCAACAUGAGCCGGGGAGGUGGAGCCAACAUGAGCCGGGGAGGUGGAGCCAACAUGAGCCGGGGAGGUGGAGCCAGCAUGAGCCGGGGAGGCGGAGCCAACAGGGUCAACUUUAACCAGGGGUUCCAGCCCAGAGGCGGCAGCAGCCGUGGAAACUUUGGCAACAAGAGCAGCGGAUUUGGUGAUGGCAGGAAUGCUGGAGGUCGUGGUGGCGGAUUUGGGGACAGUAGAAACUCUGGAGGACGUGGCGGAGGAUUUGGAGACAACAGGAACGCUGGUGGACGUGGCAGAGGAUUUGGGGACAGCAGGAACGCUGGAGGACGUGGAGGCUUUGGAUUCGGCAUGGACAAGGCUCAGGCCUUCAACCAGAGCUGGCAGCAAGGGUUAUGGAACCAGAAGCCAUGGAGACAGCAGUAUCAGCCAGGAUACUAUUAAAGACUUUCUGAUCAAAAGGACUGGUGGAAAAUAAUGGAAACCCACCACUAGCCACAGACGUCCGUCUCGCCCACCACCUGUUUUUUUCUAGAACCAACUUUUAAAUUAAAAACAAAAAAUACGACAAGACUAUGGAGCAACAUUCCACAUGAGGAAAGGAGUCUCUUUGAAGCUUUAUGGGUUUUUUCAUUUGAUUUUGUACAUUUUAUGAUAUUUUUCCAAAUUUUAAAGAAAUCCCAUGCUUUUAAAAAUCCCAUGUUUGAGAAAUAUACCACAACAUUUUUGCUCUGCUUUAGUGACCUGUUUGAAAGAUUUUCAUGGUUGUGCUUUUUCUUUUCUUUUUUUUACUAAAUGUAAAUAUUGUUUGUUGUAUAAGGAGUGAGAACACUUACUAACUGAAAGGAACCAUCUUUUGAGGCAUGGUAGCAAUAUUAUUGUUAGUGAUUGUAUAUGUAGUCCGUAAGCAACAAACAGUUAUUUCGCGUCAAACGCCAUUAUUAGAUUUGUCUAUUGUUAUUUUUCAUUAUAACGUCAAGCAUGUAAUCUAAACUCCAUAGAUCUACAAUAAACAACAUAUUUGCUUUUUUACAAACUUC